UUUGAAAAAGUGAUAAAGGGAAAAAUUGACUCGUGAUGGUUCUUUUUAAUAAUUAUGGUAUUGUUUGAACGCAAUUGAUCUUUUAUUGUCAUUUUUUCACAUCGCCUUUGCACUAAUAAUUUUACCGUAUGCAUAAGUUUAUCCAGUUACCGCCGAAAAUGUGUUGUAUUUCGUGUGAAGUUGAUCCCAGACAGUGUGUCAAGUUCAUAGCCUUCACCUAAUUCUCUGAAGGUUCUGGUGAUAUUUUUAUAAAAAGAAUCUCGGAAUUAUAAUCCAUUCUUCAGUUCUAUUUUGCGUGCUUCCUCGGCAAAGAUGUCCAAUAAACUUGAAGUUCAAUCUGAAAUUUUCCGUGAAAAUACGAAUAGCACAUCCGUUUCCUCCAACACUUUAGUUACAACCAGUUUCAAUUUCAAAUAUCCACCCGAUUUCCCGUUCAUAUCCGGGAAAGAAGCGGAAGUUGACGAGGAUGGGGACCUCCUUGUGUGUCGUCGGCCCGUACAAGGCGUCAUAAAAAUAGAACAUAGUCUCAGCACUCCUUUGGCAACAGUUGGCUUGCAAGUAUGGCGAGGUGCUCUACUUUUAGCAGACUUUAUUCUACACCAUGGAAUGAAGACAUUCUUGGACAAAAACGUCUUAGAAGUUGGAGCCGGGAUGGGAUUAACAAGCAUUGUAGCAUCGCUUUUUGCAAAACGAGUAGUUGCAACAGAUGUGGAUAUUGGUGGUAUUUUAGCGCUGUUGAAGAAAAAUUUUGAUGCCAAUAAAGCUCUCGCAAAGUCAUGCAUUCAAAUUUUUCCAUUAAAUUUUUACGAAAGAAAUUGGAACCUUGAGCUUGAGAAAGCAAUAAAAGAAUGCAAUAUUAUCUUAGCUGCUGAUGUAAUCUAUGAUAAUGAUGUUACAGAAGAGUUUGUAAAAUCAAUCGAAAAAAUGCUUUCCACUCCCAAAAUACUUUACAUCUGCUUGGAAAGGAGGUAUGUUUUUACGCUGGAUGAUUUGGACACGGUUGCUCCUUGUUAUGAGCAUUUCUGGAAAUAUUUUGAUCAGAUUCGAACAAAACCAUCCAAUAAGUCGUGGAUAGUUGAACAAGUGCCCUUAGACUUCCCUCAAUAUUUUCAGUAUGACCGAAAUAAACAUCUAAUUUUAUGGAAGAUAACAAAGCCAUAAUGACACAAGUAUUGCAUUCACAACUCAAGACUCGAGAAAAUUGGAAUUGUGAAGUUUUGAAGCAAUUUUUCUCUCUAUGGGUUGUGGUGAACAAACCUGAAACACCAGCCACUAUAUGUGUACCAAGCAAGGUUUUAUUGCAAAUGUAUGUUGUCAUGGAGGGGGCCUGCUUGUCCUGUGAAGUCUUGCACUUGUUGAAUGUUGAAACUGGGCAGCCUAGCCGCCAAAGUAUCUGCAGCUCGUUUUUAAAUGGGGAUCAACACUCUGGAAAAAUUAUCAGUACAAUUAUUAUGUUAAAGUUUUUACUCCUUUGUUAUUGUGUCAGUAGCUUUUUUACAGAAAAAGUUAUUUUUCGAUUUCAUAAGAAGUAAAAUGAUCUCAAAUUUGACUAUUAUU